GUAGCCCGCGCUAUUUGAAGAACCUGGAAUCGCCCCAGCGAGCUCGAUACGUCAUCCCUCUGUCGGGACUUGCUGCCCCUUAUUCUGGGUUUCCUGGUCGACUGUUCGAACAGUGCUGCUCAAUUUGGACCCUCUGCGGUCAAAAGUUCAGUCGUUAGCGUUGAUAGUGCCGAGCCCACUCCCACUCCAGUCACGCCAGCCCUCAAAUGCGCUCGAUUUUGCUGUGCGGCGCACCUUCUUUCUAAUCCUCUGACUGGAUAGCACUAAGAGAAAGCGAGACAGGGAAAGGACGAGGAGCGAACAACUUCACGGGGGCCACAGGGAGCUGGCCUUUCCGGUGGCUGGCGAAUUCGAUGGACCGCCAUACAGCCGUUGUGGGCUCGCUGGAUGCAUGGCUUCCUAGCUGCUGCACGCACGUCUUGUCAGCAGCUCGCCCAUCGCACCCAAACCAGCGGCACCCCGGCUGCUCAACAGCCCAGGUUAUUGGAAACCAUGGCCACGUCGACCCGGCCGCUUCGACAUCGGCAGCAGCUCCCGUCCCCAUCCCCUUCUCCCGAGCGGUGUCCGCGGCGCGCCCCUGCAGCCCACGCGCCAGCCCUGUGGACGAAGAUGACGACAGCGAUGACGAUACCAUGCCUCUGGACACUGACUUCCUCGACUGCAUGGCGCGAAAGCAGCACUCUUUUCUGACGCAGGCGAUGGCCUCACGCCGCAGCGCGACACCGAACAGCGGCACUGCUGCUCGCGAAUCAGCAUCGGGGACUAACAGCUGCUGCGGAACGGACGCAAGCGGCGUGAGCGACGCGCGCAGCGGCAGCAGCCUGUGGGACUCCUCGGGCGCGGCGUCAUCCGCGUUCACCCGCUCGGUGGGCUGGUCGGGUGGCAGCGGCGCCAGCGCAUUCAGCGGCAACGGCAGCGGCAGUGCAUUCAGCAGCGGCGUCGCGUGCGGCAGCGCAUUUGGGUCAUACAGCAAGGAGGCAACCGCCUGCCAAUCCACGGCGGCGGAACCAACCGCCGCCACGGCCGCCAACUACUCAACUGCAGCCCUGCCGCCGUCGGCCUGUUCAUCUUCUUGCAUUUCCGAAGGCACAGUCCGCCGCGGCCGCCCCCGGCUCACCAUCUCAUCUGCGUGCUCCUUGCCGGGGCCGGGCCAAGUGCAGCAGGGCUCGGUGCACGCGCAGUCGCAGCAGCUAGGUUCCCUGUGCAAGGCGCUGUCGUCGCCUGCGUACGGGCCGUCACUGGCGGCAUCCUUCACGCAGCGUCAGCAGCCGCAGCAGCUGUCCUUCGGCCGAAUCCUGCCGCCCCCACCUCACGCCGGCGGGCACUGUGGCGAUGAUGACGUUGAGUGCAUCGCCUUGAAGAGCGGCAGCCACCUCAGCAGUAGCCACGGCCACAGCCACUCGGCCUCGGAAACCGCUGCGGCCGCGGCGGCCUUCGCGCUCUCGAUGAUCAGCCUCCCCGACAACAGCAGCGAUUCGGAGGGCUACGAAAGCUGCUCGGACCGCGAGGGCGGGGCCCAGCGCUGCGACAAUGACGACGCGUCAUCAUCCGAUGAAAUCAACCUGUCCGCCUCGUUUGGCGGCUCCAGCACCGCCGCAGGUGCGGAGCCGGAGGGCUGCGAUGAGCAGCAUGCGGCGGAGGCGGCGCGGCGCGUGCUGCAGCCGCAGCUGGCAGCCAUGCGACAUGGCUGGAUGCAGUCGAUCGCGAGCGCUUGCGGCAUCACCGCGCCACAGCAGCAGCAGCUGCAGGCCCACCAGCAGCCGCAGCGGCUCGCGCCGACGGCGGCGGCCGCACCCGCCGCCGCGGUGCACAUGGCCGCUGUGGCGGCGGCGGGCGGGCGCAUGCCCAUCACCACCCGCCGGGGCCUGUUCGAGGGAACUGUGAGCGCUGGCAGCCCGCGCAACGCCUGGCGGUGGCACGCCGCCGUCGAGCAGCGCGGCUCGGAGGCCGCACGGUAGUUCAUUUGCGCAGCAGCUGCUGUUUUGCAGGAGCGAGUGAGUGGAAGUGGAAAUGGCAGGUGCUAGAAUGGCCGGAGGGUUCCUGCGUUUGCUUGUGGGGCGUGAGCAUUUCAUCGACGAGCGAAGAAGUGGAGGUGCGAGCCUCAACUGUCUGUUGCUGCCACUGGUGCGUACCCUGGCUUUUGCAGCCAAUCCAUGUUUGUGUGUGGCUAGGGAAAGUUGCAUUGUGGGAGAGUAGCGAGCACACGCGCCUGCUGUUAUUUUGCAUACAAGUGCCGUGCGGAGUAGUCAUGCAUACGUGUCUCGCGGAGCCAUGGAUCUCAGCAUCCGGUGGUGGUGAAAGCUGUCGCAUUUAGCGAAGGACUGUUGCUUGGAGUUGUGUAUUGCAGAACGUUUCUUGGGUUUGGACACUAUCUGUGUGCACCGGUACUGGCUGCGUGAAUGGAUGGGUCACGUGUGCUCCCGGUGCAACUCGGUGACGGGUAAAACUUGGCGGUGCAUAGGAGACCGUGGUUGUGAUCACAUGCUUGCGAGCCUGGCAACAGAUCAGCAGGCUGUGCUUAUCCUCACGUUGGUGCGUUGUGGACCAAAUAUAUCACCUUCAUGGAAACUUCAUAUGCGUUCGCCUUUCAGAUGCAUGCGGCGCGCAGAUGCAAAUUGUUUGACUCGAAUAAUCGGGUGGUGCAUUCACGCAUCGUGGUCACUCGCUAUUCCUGGGUGCCAUGCAGGAUCCACGCUGACUCGUUCAGCAGCAGCAGUGAGGGGUUAGGGAACAUGCAUAAAGUGUGGAAGGGAAGUGGGCCCGGGGCGUGCCGUACCUUGGACGGGCUUUCGGGUGGUGGCGCGGCCAACGGACAUUUAUGCGACACGCACGCUGUGAUACAUGCCAUGACGGGGUCCGGUCGAGCGCAGCCAGGGACCAUGGAAUUUGGGUCAUGUAGGACGGAGCGGCGCUGCAUGCACUUCGAUUCCUGUUUCAUUCGACGGCUGGCCUGCGGCAGGAUUGGAUUUGGGUGCGUCCGCGCCAGGCCAGCGGUGGGCGGAAGAUGAAUAAUCGCCAUCGCUCGUCAGUGCCGGUAAUGAAGCAGCACAUACGUAGCUGCUAGCAAGCUGGGCAUACCGCAAGGGCGCGUGCGUGCUGCGUGCAGGAGAUUCCGUCGUGCGCCUGGCAUGUCGAUCGUGGCAUGGUGUUACUAAUGCACAUCAUAAGGCCAUUAGGUGACAUGAUUCGGCGCAUGGGUGUUAGGUGUGCAGCAAUGCGAUCCGGGCAGAUGCAGGCGUGCCAUGCCGGCCGGCGGCCGCGACCGCCUUCAUGUGCGAUAGGGCUGUAAGCCACAGAUUGUAAGUUGUCGAGAUGGGCUAUCGACGGCGGGGCCCCGCUGCUCCGCUGCGUGCUUUCCCGCAUUUCCGUGUGCCGAAUACACGUGUGGUUUGUUGCCUGUUGUAGGACAGUCGGCAAAAGACUGUGAACUACUGCGUUCCGCCUAGAUUUCCCGGACUUCAUUGGUGCCCCUGGUGCGUGGUAGCCGUGCAACGCAAACACUCAGCACGCAUCCCACAAAUCGCCCCCCAGAACCAUGUACACAAUAACCAU